CUCCCUCCCUUCAGUCUCCAUCCAAUCCUUUGUGAAAACCUUGAGGCACCAGGCGUCGGAGCUCAGUGUGUUGAAGUAGCCGCUAGUUCAGCCAGGCUCCAGACAGGCUCCAGACAGAGCUCCAGCUCUAACCCCUAACCCCAGCCUCACUGAGCCCACAGAGAGGAGACUUUGCUGGGCAGCAGGCUGCAGACAGAAGGCCUCUGGACUCGGGCUCUCUAGGAGGGGGACCGGUUGAGAUCCCAGGACAGAGGGAGUAGAGUGGGUGAGAGAGCCAGAGAUGAGCCCCUGUGUGAGAUGGGAGAUAUGCACAUGAGCAGAGCUUGAGGAGGGGACUGAACCGGAGCACGAGGCUCUCUGAGCACUGCCUGACUAACGACACAGACAUACAUCUGCAGGACACACUCUCUCACAAACAAACACACAAAGGGAAGCCUAGAGGAAGUCCAGGAGGCAUCCAGCUAGCCAGUAGAAGAACGCCAUGCAGGGUGUGGUCGGGGUGAGACGGGGGGUGUCGUGGAGCCUGUGUGGCCUGCUCUGCCUCUCUCUCUGGGGGCUGAGCCAGUGCAGAGGUUCCAGACAGGCCAGAGAGACCAGGGACCAGCCCAGGGACCAUCCCAUGCUCAGGGCCAAACGAGCUCCUGCUGAUGAUGUCAAGAAGUGCUCCUACACCUUCCUCAUUCCCGAGCAGAAGAUCACAGGCCCCAUCUGUGCCAGCGCCACGGGCCCAGAGCCGGACAAGGAGCGUGUGACGCGGAUCGACAUAGCUGACGUGAGAGAGGUGCUGUCCAAGCAGAGACGGGAGAUUGAGACCCUGCAGCUGGUGGUGGACGUGGACGGCAACAUGGUGAAUGAGAUGAAGCUGCUGAGGAAAGAGAGCAGGAACAUGAACUCCAGGGUGACCCAGCUUUACAUGCAGCUGCUGCACGAGAUCAUCAGGAAGAGGGACAACUCUCUGGAGCUGGCCCAGCUGGAGACCCGGGUUCUCAACGUCACCUCAGAGAUGCUGAGGCUGGCCUCACGCUACAAGGAGCUGGAGGGGCGUUUCGCAUUGAUGGCAGGGUUGGUGAACAACCAGUCGGUGCUGAUCGCUGCGCUGGAGGAGCAGUGUCUGCGGACCCUGGGGCAUAGUGAGCUACCUGUGGUCCCCCCGCUGGUCCAGGUGGUGCCAGAGAGUAUCCCUGUCAACAGCCGCUUUACCAACGAGAUACAGAGGGACCAUACCAACCGAGCCUUCCCACGGGGGUCACGCAUGGACUCCCCCACUGCCUCCCCAUUUGCACUCAAUCCGCCGCCACCGCAGGGCACGCUCACCUCAGACGGUCCAUUUAAGGAUUGCUACCAGGUGCGCCAGGCAGGCCACAGCACCAGUGGGAUGUACCUGCUUAAGUCCGAAGGCAGUGACCGGCUGAUCCAGGCCUGGUGUGAACACGGCCUAGACAACGGAGGCUGGACUGUGCUACAGAGGAGGAAGGACGGAUCGGUCAACUUUUUCAGGAACUGGGAGAAUUACAAGAAAGGCUUUGGGAACAUUGACAGUGAGUACUGGCUGGGUCUGGAGAACAUCUAUAACCUAGGGAAGCAGGGGGACUACAGGCUGCUGGUAGAGCUGGAGGACUGGGUGGGAAAGAAGGUGUAUGCUGAGUACAGCAGCUUCCACCUGGAGCCUGAGAGUGAGGGGUACCGCCUGAGACUGGGCACCUACCAGGGAAACGCUGGAGACUCCCUCAGCAGCCACAAUGGGAAAAUGUUCACCACGCUGGACAGGGACAAGGACGCUUUCUCAGGUAACUGUGCUCACUUCCAUAAGGGCGGCUGGUGGUACAACGCCUGUGGCCAGACCAACCUGAACGGCGUAUGGUACAGCGGAGGGGUUUACCGCAGUAAGUUCCAGGAUGGAAUGUUCUGGGCCGAGUACGGAGGAGGGUUCUACUCCCUCAAGUCUGUCCGCAUGAUGAUCCGACCUAUCGAUUGAGCCUGGAGCAGGCUCCAUCCCCCUACCUACAGCAUGACCUUUGACCCAUCAUGACCCCUACCACCCUACCCCUCCCACUCCUGACCCCUCUCAGCUUCUCUACCAAGCUACCCUUCAUCGCCACACUCCAUUCCAUCCUUCCAUUUUCAAGUGGAGAAGAGAAUUCGAUUUCAACAGUCAAUGCCCAAAAUGGAAACCCUGGUUAUUUUUUACCCUCUCUGGAUAGAAGACACAGCUUUCUGCCAUGUUUCAGCUGUGCUCCUAUUGAGUCCUCUCUAACAUGGCCAGAUAAUGCUGUGACAGAUAGCAGUGGACAGCCAGAGUAUGGACUCUAACACAGAGCUAGCUGCCACUGCUUUCUACAACAGUCUAUAUAUACAGUAUGCUACUCCACCAUGUCACAGUUCAAUACGCUAUGAAGGAGAUUACUUUAGGAAUUUGAGAUGACUUACAGCCUAAAUCCUACUGGGGAAAAAAAAUAGUUCAUUUUGUUGUUCUGUUUUGUUUGUCUCCAGCGGGGUUUGUUGCUAAGUGAGUUGCUAGUGAAUGCCUUUCUUCACAGCGUAAUAAGGAUUUAAUUACAAGUUCCUUAUGAUGUCAUUGGUUAAAAUCAAAAUGAGAAUGUACCACAGUCAAAAGGGGUUGAGAGGCAUGCACCUCCCCCCAGGCAUACAGGACUUGGUAUGGUCUUCAUGUACAUAUUACUUUGUUGUUUUGUUUGGGCUUGUCGUUUCAGGGUUCCCACAAGCACUGAGAGGAAAUGGACUCUAACAAUGUGCUUUGUGACGUGGGAACAUCCCAACUCGCUUUGGCAUGUAAAUAUAUUGGGCUUUAUUUGUGAGAGUUAAUUUAAGACGUAUGAUUCUGCUCAACCCAAAUGUUUCCUCCAUGGUCUCCCUGCCAUCUCUCACUUCUGUUAUUUAUCAACAUAUUUAUAAUGAGCAUAGUUAUAGUCACGCCCUGCUCUAUUUAGCCCCAGUAUGGCCAUUCUGUUUAUUCCUGUUAAGAGUCUCACACACACACACACACACACACACACACACACACACACACAGAACAACCGAUAAAUCAGCUGAGCCGAUAUAUCGGUCCGAUAUUGGCUGUUUCUAGUCUAAUCGGCUAUUGGCCCUUCUCUAUCGGCUUUGCCGAUAGUCCCUCUACAUAGCAAAGCUGCUGCUAUGCCAGCCACCACUCAACGCCUCAGCCACGAGCACUGCACAAUGCCAAGGAAUGUCUAGCUGGGAAAAUCAGUAGCAGUAAGCAGCAAGCUAGCUCAUUCUCCAACAGAAAGGUGUAGUAUUGAGAAAUGGAUGAAUUGACACAGUGACCAAAAUCGAACUCCUGUGGCAAAUAUUAGUUUAGUUAAUUCACUAAUAAUUAGGCUUGUGUCGACAUGCCCGGACAUGCAUGCAAUAAGCAAGCUAGCUAUGUGACCUGUUAGCAAAGAUCAGAACUAACCCUUUCAUCUGUGGUGUUAGCUAGCUAGCUAUAUUAGCUAGUAUGCUAGCUAGAUAAAAAUGUAGCUAAGAUAACAAAUAGGAGCUAAUAGCCAAUGUAACAAGCUAGUUGUCAUUUAGCUGGUUAUCAUUUUGAACAUGCACCAUUUUCUGCAACGAACCAUCUGACUUGUAAUGGUGUAAUUGUGUUAUGUAGUUAGAUUGGUAAAAACGAAUGUCAAAAUGUAUUGUUUGAUUUUUAAAUUAAUGCAUACACGGCUGUCUCUGGGAAAUUUUGUCAUCCAAAUUUUAAAAUGUAAUGAUAUUGGAUAUCAGCCUAAAAAAAUAAAAAAAAUCGUUAUCGGCCCUAAACAAUCCAUAUUGGUAAUUCUCCAACACACAAACACAGAGACGAACGUCAAGUUGACGAAGGUGAAUAGCUGCCCUGCUCUGACAUCAGUUUCCAUGCAGCUCUAUACUAAAUAAAACCAUUUUUAAAUACC